CUGGACUUCAGCCUGCGGAGGGCACACAGUUCAGUGGUCACAUCCCCGGUGAUCAGCAGAAGAAGAGGCUCGCAGUGCGGCAGUCGUCGAGCGGUGUCGGUGCUGUCUGAGUUCACAGAGCAGUAUGAGAUGGUUAGCAACAGAGCCAGGAAGCAGCCUAGCGAUUAGCUAACCUCCAGCUGCUACCACUUUCUUCUCGUCGGGGAGACCAGCCACCUUCGACAGGUGUGUGGGCUGGCCAGAACUGUACUUUUGGUCAGCAUCUGCAUUGUUUGGUCGUAAAUGUGACAGACCACACCAACACAUCCAGCCUCACUAUGGGUCAGGACAGAGGGAAGUAUGACUUUUACAUCGGUCUGGGAUUGGCCAUCAGCUCCAGCAUCUUCAUCGGAGGCAGCUUUAUCCUCAAGAAGAAGGGACUUCUGAGGCUGGCGAGGAAGGGAUCCAUGCGGGCAGGCCAGGGUGGUCACGCAUAUCUGAAAGAAUGGCUAUGGUGGGCCGGUUUACUAUCAAUGGGAGCUGGUGAAGCAGCCAACUUCGCAGCAUAUGCCUUCGCUCCUGCGACUCUGGUCACCCCGCUGGGAGCCCUCAGCGUGCUUGUCAGCGCCGUGCUGUCGUCGUACUUCCUGACCGAGCGGUUAAACCUGCAUGGGAAGCUCGGCUGCCUGCUCAGCAUCCUGGGCUCCACCACCAUGGUAAUUCACGCUCCGCAAGAGGAAGAGAUCAGCAGCCUCGAGCACAUGGCCCACAAGCUGGUUGACCCAGGGUUUUUCAUCUUUGCCACGCUUGUCAUCAUUGUCGCCCUCAUCUUCAUAUUUGUUGUGGGUCCCCGCCAUGGUCAGACCAACAUCCUUGUCUACAUUACCAUCUGCUCAGUAAUUGGGGCACUAUCGGUGUCCUGUGUCAAAGGACUGGGUAUUGCCAUCAAGGAAGCAAUUGCUGGGAAAAGCGUUGUGAGAAACCCACUGGCAUGGAUCUUGCUUUUGGGUCUCAUUGCCUGUGUGAGCACACAGAUCAACUACUUGAACAAGGCUCUGGACAUAUUCAACACAUCCCUGGUGACCCCCAUCUACUACGUGUUCUUCACCACAUCCGUGCUCACCUGCUCUGCCAUCCUCUUCAAGGAGUGGGGGCACAUGGGCACGGACGACGUGAUCGGCACCCUCAGUGGCUUCCUCACGAUCAUCGUGGGCAUCUUCCUGCUCCAUGCCUUCAAAGACGUCAGUGUUAGUUUGGCUACUCUCGCGGUGUCCAUGAGGAAGGAGGAGCGGGCCUUUCCCGCAGCCAACGGUAUGGGCUCCCACAGCACCUAUGAACUGCUACAUAAUGAGUCCACUGAGGACAUUGAGGGCAGAGAAAUGGGCUUGCCUUUUGACAGCGUCUCCAGAAGAAAUGGGGCGAUGACUUCCUCAUUGGAUCAUUAAGGAACUUUCUUUUCCUCAGCCCCCUACUGACUCACCAACCAUGGCAUUGUUAUGGUAUGACAACAGUAAGACAAUCAGCUGUAUGGGGAAAGUGACUCAGACAGACCAGUGGAUUGUAUUUAAUGUUUUAAUUUGCCUUACUUUUCUCAGAAUAUGACCUGGUCAUAUUCAGUUCCAGUUAGAACUUAAUUUCAUUCCUCUGUAGCGCUGUAAAUAUGAGUUUUUUUAAGAAAUGUUUUGUUAUAUGUACAUGCAUACUCAUGCACUGACUUACUUUCUAUAAAUCAAAAGGAUAAAGGUUUUAA